AUGGAAAAAGUAAAUUACAACUUGAUGGGAGCAGUUCAUUUUCAGGUUUUGAAGAACCAGCAGAUGAUACAUGCUGAAGCUACUGCAAUGGAAGUAGAGUUGGCUGGGGCAGGAAUAUCCUCAAAGACACCUCUUCAUGAUCGACCUUUAUUAUUGUGUGGUGUGGGCUCUGAGAACACUUUGGAUGGUUCAAGUAACCCAGGUGGGACUGCAAAAUCUUCCCUACAUGAGCAAUAUCUGACAUUGAAUGUAGAUGAAAUGCAUUCUGGACAUACCACGGAGGGCUUGAGCAGUGGUACUGAGACAGCAAAGCAACAAAAUGAAGUCACAGGGAGACAAGAUGAAAGUGGAAUGACCGGUCAAGAACACACUCCACAUCAUCCUUUUGAGAAAAAAUCUCCAUUUUGGAAAAUUUUGGAAUCCAUGGAUGCAUUCAAAAGAUUUCCACAACAGCCACAUUUUCAGCCCUUACUGAAGAUCAAAAUGGUAUGCCGUGAAGGAGUAGCCCUUGGACGUAUGCUUCUCUUUUCAGCUGUGGUCGAGUACACUUCAAAGCUGUUGGUUGAUGAUCCUAGUGACUCCAUCAACGACAUUUUGGAAGCUCUAGUUGAACUAGAACAGAUGAGAUUUGAUGUCAAGGUACUCCAGGACCGCCUGAAUCGUUUGCAAGUCAUGAAACUCAGGUUUGCAGAGCUUAAGAACAAGUCCAACGAAGUCAAACGCUGGGAAGUUAUCUGUGGAAUGGACGUCGAGAUCAAUGAUCUGGAGGAAAAGCUCAGAGAGAUACAGGCAGAAAGGGCAAAGAUGGCGGCAGAGAUGGCGGCGAAAGCCUCUGAAAUCAGUAUACUGGAAACCGAAGCAAAUGCUAUCAAUGGAAACAUUCAGAGCGUUGAGCAUGAUUUCCAAACUCUAGCAUCAGCUGCAUGGUGA